GGGCCAACGAGGUCCAUGGCCCCCCUAGCUUUUCCAAUUCUACACUAUAUGAACAGUGAUUUUGAUACUGUUCAUCACUGUAGCAAAAGGUGGCCCCCUCAUUCUUCCGAUUUCUUUGAUCAAGCUCCGCCAGUGCGCGCCGGCGUCGGGAUCGACAACGUCGACCUCCAGGCGGCCACCGAGGCCGGGUGCCUCGUCGUCAACGCGCCCACCGCCAACACGGUCGCCGCCGCCGAGCACGCCGUCGCGCUCCUCGCCGCCAUGGCGCGCAAUGUCGCGCAGGCCGACGCGUCGCUCAAGGCCGGCAAAUGGCAACGGAGCAAAUAUGUUGGUGUUACCUUGGUGGGGAAGGUACUAGCAGUUAUGGGCUUUGGAAAGGUAGGCUCGGAAGUAGCUCGACGCGCAAAAGGACUCGGGAUGGAUAUCAUUGCUCAUGACCCAUAUGCCCCAAUUGAUAGAGCCCGGGCAAUUGGUGUAGAUCUUGUAUCAUUUGACGAGGCCAUUUCUACAUCAGACUUCAUAUCACUGCAUAUGCCUUUAACUCCAUCCACGGCAAAGAUUUUCAAUGAUGAAACUUUUGCAAAAAUGAGAAAGGGUGUUAGAAUUAUCAAUGUUGCAAGGGGUGGAGUUGUUGAUGAAGAUGCAUUGCUGAGAGCACUUGACAAUGGAACAGUUGCCCAGGCUGCACUUGAUGUAUUUACUGAGGAGCCACCACCGAGAGACAGCAAGUUGGUGCAGCAUGAAAAUGUCACCGUCACACCGCACCUUGGAGCUAGCACAACAGAAGCGCAGGAAGGUGUAGCCCUUGAAAUUGCAGAGGCUGUUAUUGGUGCACUGAGAGGAGAUCUGGCUGCCACAGCUGUGAAUGCCCCAAUGGUCCCUGCUGAGGUUUUAUCAGAGCUGUCUCCCUACGUUGUCCUUGCUGAGAAGCUGGGCCGACUUGUUGUGCAACUUGUAGCUGGUGGGAGUGGGGUUAAGGUCGUCAAGGUUGUCUACUCAUCAGCUAGAGACCCCGAUGACUUGGACACAAGAAUUCUUCGAGCCAUGGUCACCAAAGGCAUCAUCGAACCUAUUUCAAGUGCGUUCGUCAAUAUUGUCAAUGCGGACUAUGUCGCCAGGCAAAGAGGCCUUCAGAUCAUCGAGGAGAGAAUUCUCCUUUACGGUUCACCUGAAAUCCCCCUAGACUCCAUCCAAGUCCACCUCACCAAUGUGGAGUCCAAGUUUGCUGGUGCCUUGUCUGAUGCAGGUGACAUCAGAGUUGAAGGCAAGGUUAAGGAUGGCUCCGCGCAUCUCACGCUUGUCGGGUCUUUCAGUGUUGACGUUAGCCUUGAGGGCAACCUGAUACUGUGCUGCCAAAUUGAUCAGGCAGGUAUCAUUGGGAAGGUGGGAUCGAUCUUGGGACAGAUGAAUGUGAAUGUGAGUUUCAUGAGCGUUGGAAGGACUGCUCCUGGAAAGCAGGCGAUAAUGGCCAUUGGGGUUGAUGAGGAGCCCGAGAAGGAAGCUCUCAAGCUGAUUGGUGACAUACCGUGUGUCGAGGAGUUUGUCUUUCUUAAGCUUUAGAGAGGAAGUAACCGAGUAGGUAGGUACCUUAGAUAACAUUUGUGCUAUGUUAGCACGAUAUUGAUUUUUUCAAGCUGCUAGGAGCUAGUUUUGGGGUACUGUACAAUGACAUUCUUUGUAUGUAUCAAGAAGUGCAUGUAAAAAUGCAAUUUUUCCUCUUGGGCGUGCUAUCCUGCUUAUCAGUUGAA